AUGGCGCAGUUUGUAAAACAGUCUGUCGGGCGGCUGGACGCUCGGCUUGGCCACUCGACCCUCGGAAGGAUCAGUGACGAGGGGAUGGUGGGCGUGAACAUUGAGACACUAUGGGCGUGGCUUGGCGACAAGAGGCGGGGGACCCGGAGAGUAUUGGGAAGGAUACCCCCCAGGACCAUCGAGCCCCCAGAUCUUCCUCCUGACGAACUCCUACAUCCUGGAGUCGAGGGCGAGGAGGGGAAGGAGGACCAUCGGGAAGAAGGAAUCACCGAGGCCCUCAAACUCAGGAUGAAAGAGAGCGACGAAGACAAGGAAGGGAUGAAAGAAGAGGAAGAGGAAGAAGCGAGGAGAAAGGAGAUAGAAACACUCUUGGCCAGGGUGACUCACCUGCACCUCGAAUCGAGAGGAAUAACACAUAUUGUCCAGUUACAGAAGAUUUCUAGAACAUAUUAUCUUGUAGGACCGACCAGUACGUCGUCAUUAAAUCAAGUGUGGAUGAGCAUACGGGAAUUUUGCUCCAAAAUAUUAACGAUAUUAGGACUACGUAACUGUCACAGAAUUUACCAACAGCGCAGAAUAGUCAGGCCAGAAUAUCUUUAA